AUGGCGAUCAUCAAGACAAUUGAACGCUUUCGAGUGAAGCCACGAUGGGUGUUCGUUAAGAUCACCGAUGAAGAUGGGAAGGUUGGCUGGGGCGAAGCAACUCUCGAGGGCCAUGAUCUGGCUGUCGAGGGUGCUCUUGACGAGAUCGUUGUACGGAUUAAAGGAUUGGAAGCGAACAAUAUUGAGCACAUCUGGCAGCUGAUAUGGCGUCUUGGUUUCUACCGAGGUGGUCCGGUAUUCAUGUCGGCGCUGUCUGGCAUUGACAUUGCUCUUUGGGAUUUGAAAGCACGACGGCUCAAUGUACCGCUCUAUGAACUCCUUGGCGGCCUGGUGCGAGAACGGUGUCAGGUGUAUUGUUGGAUAGGCGGAGAUCGACCAGCAGAUAUCGAAGCGGCAGCCAAAGCAAGAAAGGAGCAAGGCCUCAAAUGCGUCAAGAUGAACGCAACCGAAGACGUCAACUGGCUCGAUGCGCCCUCUGUUCUCGACUCAUCAGUUGAACGACUAAAGACAGUAAAGGCCGUCGGGUUAAACGCUGGUCUCGACUUCCACGGCCGACUGCAUCGUCCCAUGGCUAAGCAAUUGGCGAAAGCACUGGAACCGCAUCAACCUCUUUUCAUCGAGGAGCCAAUUCUUGUCGAGCAUCCGGAGGCAUUGAAGCAGUUGGCUGGCAUGACUUCGAUCCCAAUUGCUCUUGGAGAGCGGCUGUAUCAUCGAUGGGAUGUGAAGAGAUUCUUGGAGGAUGGAUUGAUUGAUAUUCUGCAGCCGGACAUCGCUCAUGCUGGGGGUGUAUCGGAGGUCAAACGCCUGGCAAGCAUGGCCGAAGCAUACGACGUCGCCAUAGCCCCCCAUUGUCCUCUUGGCCCCAUUGCCUUCGCUGCUUCAUUGCACGUCGGACUAUCGACGCCCAACUUCGUCAUCCUGGAGAUGUCGCUGGGCAUGCACUACAACACCGAAGCUGGUGAUAUCGAUCUCAACACGUAUCUCAAAGACCAGUCAGUGUUUGCGAUCGAUGCCGGACAUGUCGCGGCGCCGAACAAACCCGGAUUGGGGAUUGAUAUUGACGAGGAGAUGAUCCGGAAGAUUGCUGCUGACACGGAGCCGUGGCAGUGUAAAGAGUUUUAUGGGCCAGAUGGGUCGAUUAGGGAGUGGUAG